UACUAGCGGACGAUCUGCCCAGCGGUGCAGAACUCCUUGCUCGCUCCUGGCUUACCGGUAGUCCUUUUAAAACGGCACCGCGCAAGUCCAGCUUCGCGAACGGUCUUCUGUUCCUUUGCGCAUGGACACGGUCACCACAAUUCUGGCACGGAGGCUUGUCUUUUCAGAAGCAGUAUUAGCACUCUCACUUUUUGCUGCAUUUGAUAGAACUCUAUCAAGGGCCUCUACUAGCUAGCUACCCGUAGCUAGAUAGAGACUACACGUGUGUUCGCAGGCUCUUGCUAGCCCGCUUCGAUUUCGAGUCGUCCGUCUUCGGUUUUCGAUGGGCGACACUGCGCAGUGAAGGACAAGCCAAGUUUGGUUUAGGAUUUCUUUGUUGCCACGACAGUACCGGAGCUAAGCGAGUUGCAGCCACCUUGCCCGACACAGCCUUUCAUGGCGAUACUCGAUUUGCGAACUUGGCAAGUCUUGCCAGCCACCAGCCUCGAUUUUGUUGUGAACCCACCACAAAACCAAAACAACGAAAUCAAAAAGAAAACCAAAACAGACAAAACGAAAAGAGAUGAUGCAGCCAACAGAUAUGAACAUGGAUAGAUCCAAUACUGGUCCCCAAGCAUCGAACGAGGGUGGUGGCGGCUCGAAGGCAUUGAAGGAACCUGCUUGGACGCAAAAGAAAACGUGGAUGUUGGCAGCCGGAACACUGUUGAGCUUCGCAGCGAUGGUCAUUGGAGUGGCCAUGCUUGUUCACCUUACAGAAAGUCCAACCCAUGCCAACCAGAAUACACUUUCCGACUUGGUGCACGACGCGCAGGGGUCGGACGCUGCCGGUGCCAACGUCAAGCUCAGCAAGGAUGCCGCACCCGGGCAUCCGGUGAAGAAAAAAGUUCCAAAGCAGCUCGACACGACAACCACCAACACGACAACCUUCAUGGUGGAAUAUGUGCUUUCGUGGCAUUCAGAUGGGCGGAAUUGUACUACCCCUUCCUCCUUGCUGGGCGCAAGGUGUGGCGAGGGAGCCAUCUUGUCACUUCCUGAACACGACCGCAAUGACCACACAUGCAAUAUCAGUCUGGAGGGGAAUGCGUCCGCCUCUUUCUCCUGCAAUGACACUUCUCGUGGUGCCGUCGUGAUCGUGUGCGAAAGUCCCAACAAGGAAGUCUUGGCUCUGAACGCGCAAUGGUAUGGAGACAGGUUGGAGUGCGACAUCAAUGGAAGUGCUACCCAAUCUCUGGCGCUAGGAGCCAUAGAUUCCGAUGGCAAUGACGUCCCAGUUGGCGAAAAGAUAUGUUUGGCAAUAUGGGACCCGGCCUUGCCUCGAUCACGCUGUCGCAGCCCACUCAGACAAAGCCGUUGCACCAGCCCGUACGAAUGCGAGGCGUCGAUUCUGUGCCGCGGUUCGGACCUCUGUACUAUCAGUGGUGUUAUGAUCACGACGCCUGAUACGUCCUCUUUGGAGGACAACGGCUGCAUCAGACCUGUGUUGCCUCCCAGCCCCUGUGUUCCCAGUCCAUGCCUCAGCGAGCAAAUUUGCACUGAAGUAGACGGUGGGUAUAGGUGCAUAGACAAUAAUUCAACAGUCUCCACGGAAUAUGUGGUUCUCUGGAAGUCCGACGGUGGAGGCGGUGAUCCAAUGUAUCGUCCUGAAUAUUUGGGUUGUGAAAUACCCCAGCCAGAAUUGACUGCCAGUUGUGGUGGCAACGGAGUAUUACGCAUCCUCGAAGCUGAGUUGAGUAACCACGAGUGCAUCAAUAUUGAUGAUGGAAGCAUAGUAUGCGCUGCACAUGGAAGGGAACCUGGAGACCCUGAAGUCGUCGGGGUUGUUCUGAUUCGUUGCGAGACAACCUCUGACGGAGACGACACGGACUUGGUGUUGACGGUGACUAUGCCAGAGGAAACGUUGUUUUGUAACGGUGCAUUGGAGCCAUACGAAUGGUAUGGAGGUUGGGCCUACAACUUCUUGCAAGUUGUCACGGUAUGUAAUGGCGAAUUUGUCACAAUGGAUGGAGACACCUGCUCAGGUACCAUGGAACGAGACGAUGCCGAUUCUCUCCAGAGAUGUGUCAUGCGAGACGAUUGUCGGGAAAACGUCUUUUGGGGAUGGGAUUGUGAGGCGGAGUUGAAUGAAACUCUUUACACAACGUCAGGGCCACUCGUGGCGAAUUCUGGCUGUGUUGUUUCUGGUUCGAGCGUGUCCAAGUAACCCCAUCAGGCCUGCUGAAUCACAAGGAGAGAGGAGGAAAUAUACAUUGCACGUCCCUAUCACAGCUCUUUGGAAGCAAAGGUAGAAUGAUAAUAGUUCUCUAUGUUUUAUGUAAUAAACCUGUCCUGA